AUGAGUCCUCAUCUAAUAGCUGUAGGCAAUAAGCCUCAUGUUGUAUGCAUUCCUAUGCCAUUUCAGAGCCAUAUCAAGGCAAUGCUUCAGUUAGCUCAACUCCUGCACCACAGAGAUGGCCUUCCAAAGUCAGUUGAUAAUGACACCCAAAGCAUUCCUUUGCUUUGUGAUUCCAUCAAAAGAAAUUGGUUGUAUCCGUUUCGUGACCUUCUCAACAAACUGAAUGGAACUAUAGCUCCAGUGACUUGCAUCAUCUCUGAUGGUUUUAUUACGUCCACCAUCACAGCUGCUGAAGAACUUGGCAUCCCUAUAGUGCAAUUCUUUACUUUGGCUGCAAUAGGAUUCAUGGGAUGUAAACAAUAUUCCACUUUGGUGGAAAAAGGACUUGCACCACUCAAAGAUGAGAGCUGUUUGACAAAUGGAUUUUUGGACAAGGUAAUAGAUUGGAUCCCCGAAAUUAAAGACAUCCGUUUCAGGGAUCUCCCAGGCUCUUGGAGAACGACAAACCCCGACAACAUCAUGUUCAACUUCACCUUGGACGCAGCAAAGAGUGUUCGUAAAGCUUCAGCAUUUCUUGUUCAUACUUUUGAUGCCCUGGAGCCAGUUGUUCUAGAAUCUCUCUCUAACAGCACAUCUAUGCUUCCACCUGUUUAUGCCAUUGGCCCUCUCCAGUUGCUUCUCAAUCAGAUACCAGAACACCCUUUGAAGUCUGUGGGGUACAGUCUAUGGAAAGAAGAAACAGAGUGCCUGAUAUGGCUCAACAGUAAGGCGAAAAAUUCAGUUGUUUAUGUCAACUUUGGAAGUCUAGUAGUCAUUAAACCAGAACAUCUUAUUGAGCUUGGCUGGGGACUUGCAAAUAGCAAGCUUCCCUUCUUGUGGGUUAUCAGACCUGAUUUGAUUGUUGGUGAAUCGGCGAUUCUGCCACCUGAGUUUGUGGCUGAAACAGAGGGAAGAGGUCUGAUAGCAAGUUGGUGCCCACAAGAACAAGUGCUUAACCAUCCAUCAGUCGGAGCUUUUUUAACACACAGCGGUUGGAAUUCAACCAUGGAGAGUAUUUCUGCUGGAGUGCCUAUGCUCUGCUGGCCAUUAAGUGGUGACCAGCCGAUCAAUUGCCGCUAUAUUUGCAAUGAGUGGGGUAUCGGCAUGGAGAUCAGUAGUGAUGUGAAGAGAGACGAAAUAGAGAAGCUUGUUAAAGAGUUGAUGGAGCGAGAGAAGGGUAAGAAAAUGAAAAAUAAGGUCAUCGAGUGGAAGAAACUAGCAGAAAAGGCCAGUAGUCCACUUGGUUCUUCACCCAAAACCUUAGACAAGUUGGUCAAUGAAGUGCUAUUAAGCAAAGCUAAUGUUGUUCACAAGUAACCAAGAUUACUGCUUUAGAGAUUCUUGUUUGAGGAGACUACCCAGAUGUUCCCUCUACUGCCAUUUUUUAAGUUGGAGUUGUUGUAUCUUUGAUAUAGUUCUCUGUGUUCCAAUUGUUUAGCUUCGCUAUCAUCUUUUGAGCAUAGCAAAGUGGUAGACAGAGAGGCACCGCUUCAACUCCUGGAAUUCUUUGCUUAAAGAAUGUACCGCUUUGCCUAGCAGCACGACGCUUGUAUUGUGACUAUUGUCCUUUAGCAUGUAGUGGUGGCUGGUGAGUAAUGUGUGUACAGGUACGUGUUUGAACAAAGUAAU